AUAAAGAGGGGGCGGCUGCAGAGGACACGCACCACUUGGGACCCCUACUCCUCUCUACUACUACUGCUACUACUACCUCUAGUCCUCCCUCACGCCUCUCUCUCUCUACUCCUAACAGAACACAGGCACUAGCGAGCCGAGCUAAAGCAGAGCAGCAGGAAACCGUCUGUAUUGAGUUUGGGCCCGUUGAGCUAAAACCUAACCUACGCUAGUAUGGAUAUUGCCAUCCAGCACCCGUGGUUCAGACGUGCCAUGGGCUCCAUGUAUCCCGCUCGUCUCUUUGACCAGUUUUUCGGGGAGGGCAUGUUCGACUAUGACCUGUUCCCCUACGCUGCCUCCACCAUCAGCCCCUACUACAGACAGUCGCUGUUCCGCAACUUCCUGGACUCCACCAACUCUGGCAUGUCUGAGGUCAGGUCCGACAGGGACAAGUUCUCUGUCUUCAUGGAUGUGAAGCACUUCUCUCCUGAUGAACUCAACGUAAAGGUGACUGAUGACUAUGUGGAGAUCCAGGGAAAGCAUGGAGAGAGACAGGACGACCACGGUUACAUCUCACGUGAGUUCCACCGCCGCUACCGCCUCCCCUCCAGCGUGGACCAAUCGGCUAUCUCCUGCACACUGUCCACCGACGGCCUCCUGACCCUUUGUGGCCCAAAGGUCACCGGUGGAGGUGGCGACCUCGGCCGUGGCGACCGCAGCAUCCCCGUCACCCGCGACGACAAGACUAACGCCGCCCCCUCCUCUUAAGAAGACGGUCGUGCUGCCGGCUGGGUGGCACUGGGGAUGCGGGGGGUGUCGAAGGGCGGAAGGGGGCAUGCGGGGGGGGGGCUCUCUUCCAAAUAAAGCAGCCGUGUGGUUGAGGCAGGGUGCGGGGGGCUGAACAACACAUUCCUUUACCCCCAAAGUCUCCCCACCCCCUCGCCCCUCCCCUCCCCACCCCCUCGCCCCUCCCCUCACCACCCUACCCCAAUCCCUCUCUCCCUGACUCCACACUUAGAAGAUAUCAGUGUAUUUCUAGUCUAAUAUUUUCUCCUUUUUUAGACCACGCUAGACUAUUAUGGCAGUAUUAAUAUUCUGGCUCUGAUUAUGACUCAUGACCCAUGAGGAUGGAUAAAGAGAGGGAUGGUUGGGGCUUGGGGGGGACAACAAAAACAAAAGGAUUUAAGAAGAGGGUCACAUGACUUAACCCUGGCUUUCUACUUCCUGUGUAAACAAACAACAAAUCGGUCACCCCAGGGGUACCGUGGGUAAUAUUUCACCCAGUGAGGAAGCUGCCGUCUUUCUCCUGGCUGUACUGAAGGGCUUUACUGAGCAACUCUUUCUAAGAGAAAGAGAGGGAGGGAGGAUAGGGGGGAGUUAGGGUUAAGUACGUACCAUUGUCUGGUCCUAUAGGACUGCUGUAGUACUGAAAAGGGCUUCCAUCAUUGGGCUUAUACCACCACCUGGCUUUUUUCCAUUCCUGUGUCACGACUUUUUCCAAACCUUCUCUCUUGUCCUUUGAAUAUUUCCUGUCCUGUAGCGUUAGCCCUGUUCAGCUGAUAUCUGCUCAACCUGAGAAGUAGAAACAAUAAAACUGUAAUAUUAACCAAGAA